GCGUGCCUCAGCAAUGGUGCCGCGACGGCGAGGCGCUCAGCAAAGCGCCUUGCCCCCACUGCGGCUGCAAUAAGAACAAGAAUCACUACUGGUUCUGCAAGCAUUGCCUGCGGCCACUGUCCUUCGUGGCUCCGUCCGCUCCGCCCGAGGCCUCGGGCGCCUGGGCCAGCAGGCCUCCCAUUCGCGCCCACCGCGCCCUGGGCGAUGGGGGCGCUGCGGGCGCAGGCGGAUCCCAGCUCACCAGGGGCGGCAAGGGUGGCAAGCCUGACAAGGGCAAAGGUAAUCACUCUUGGACCAACUAUUCCAAGGAGGAUGUGUCAGUGCUGCUCAGUCUGGCCGCGAACUUCCAGCGCGUCGGCGACACGCACAGUGCCGACUUGUACAACUGUUACGCCAGCCAGCUGCAGAUGGCCGUGGUGCCCAAGCCCCAGACAGCGGGGGCUGCUCAGCACGCCAUGCGUGAGGCUAAGAAGUUCUUGGAUGAGAAAGUGCGCGCUGCUGCGUCUCUCAAGCAACAGCUCCACGACGCAGAGCAGGCUGCCAUCAACGCCCUCUCUUAUUUCGAGGAGUGCCAAGCCAACUACCGCAGGGCAGUGCGUCUCCUGGCCGAGCAUGUGCCUCCUGAGGGCGCGGGCGCGACAGCGGCCUCCGCAGUCGCGCCCCGCGCCCACGGCCUCAGCCUGGAACGCCUGCUGGACGAGCGCGCCCCCGUGGAGACCUUCGCCGGCGAUGACCUGUUCGGGUGGCUCGGCGCAAGGCGCAAGGCGGAGGUCGAAGACGCCAUCAAGAGGGCGGUGGCGGAGUCCUUCGGUCAGGUCAAGCAGAGGGCCAAGGAGCUGGUCGGCGAGCAGCGCGCCUUCCGCGCCCGCAUGCAGCUCAAGCGUCGCAAGGUCGGCGACGACGACGAGGGCGACAGAGAUGCUGCUGGAGGUGGCGCGCCAGCCGCCCCUGGCGCGGCCGCGGCUGCCACCCCCGCAGCAGCCGAGGGCCCCGCGGCCACCCCUGCCACCGCCCCAGGCCCGAGGGCCCCCUCGGCCCCAUCGGCUGCCGCAGUGGCCCAGGCCUGCGGCAUCGCCCAGGAUUCGACCGCUGAGAAGCGCCCUGUGGAUGCUAUGGACUCUGCCGAGCACAGGUCGCGGUUCGACAUGGCCAUUGCAGCUUCAAG